ACUUUUUGUCCGUAAUUUGAUUUUUAACUACUGAUUAUAGUAUUGGGCUGUGGUUAAUGGAAUGGUCAAACAAGACACAUUGUAAAAAAAAAAUGAUUAAAAUAUUGUUUAUUGUCGGUGGAAAAUUGAAAUCCAGAAUAGUAAUCGUGUGCACACUUGGAAUACCAAAGGGAUCUGCAAACUUAUCAUAAUCAUCAAACAAACAUAUGCUAUCAAGACUUCCCAUUUCAACCCAAUUUCUUCUUGAUCUCUGAUUCAUUCAUUCAAGAGAGAGAAAGAGAAAGAAAAAGAAGAAGAGAAUCUUGAAAGACCAUUUUAUCCUUUUGAGUCUUUGACUCAACUGGGUCCAUGAAUCUGCAAGCGCUCUUGUAAUUUGAAGCAAAAAGGUUUGAAGAUUUUACUUGAUGUUUCCUGAUUUGUGUGUUUCGAAUCGUGAUUUGAUCUUAAUUUCUUGAACUUGAGCUGUUCAGCUUGAAGUUCAAGUUUUGUUGAUUUGGUUUUGAACUUUGAAGCCCUAAUAAGAUUCUUGAAGUUGCAAUAAGUUGAUUGAUGCUAAUUACAAGGUUUUCUUUUGAUGAACUCACUGCAUUUAUCGCUGAUAUCUAGAUUUAUAGAUCAAUCGGUUGAGAUAUAGCAAUCAUUGAAUGCGAACUGAUGUUGAUUUCGAGGUUUUAACUUUUAAGUUUUCUUAAUGUUUAAUGGAGACAAAGAGUAGAGUUUGGAGUGCCUGAGAAGCUGGAUUGAUUAUUAAUAAAUAUUUAUCAUAAUAAUAUAAAUAAAAAAUUCAAAGAUUUCAAUUUUAAUUUAUUUUGAAAUCAUGGGCUGUGAAUUUUCUAAAAUGUGUUCAUGUUGCGAUACCAUAGAAGAUGGAGUGGUAGCUCAACCUGGUAAUGUUGAAAAUGAUAUGGGGGAGACGAGUGAUCUGCCUUCAUUUCGUGAAUUUUCUGUUGAACAACUUAGGAAUGCUACAUCUGGAUUCUCUGUUGAAAACAUUGUUUCUGAACAUGGUGAGAAAGCCCCUAAUGUGGUGUAUAAAGGGAAGUUGGCAAAUCAGAGGCGAAUUGCUGUCAAACGCUUUAAUCGAUCCGCCUGGCCUGAUUCCAGGCAGUUUUUGGAAGAAGCAAGAACAGUUGGACAACUUCGAAGCCCUAGAUUGGCCAAUUUACUUGGUUGUUGUUGUGAAGGUGAUGAAAGAUUACUUGUUGCUGAAUUUAUGCCACAUGAAACACUUGCAAAACACCUUUUUCAUUGGGAAACACAACCUAUGAAAUGGGCAAUGAGGUUACGGGUGGCGUUAUAUCUUGCAGAAGCUUUAGAUUAUUGUACAAGCAAAGGGCGUGCUCUUUACCAUGAUCUUAACGCCUAUAGAAUAGUCUUUGACGAUGAUGCAAAUCCAAGACUUUCUUGCUUUGGGUUGAUGAAGAAUAGUAGGGAUGGAAAGAGCUAUAGUACAAAUUUGGCAUUUACACCUCCUGAGUAUCUGAGAACGGGGAGGGUAACACCGGAAAGUGUAAUGUAUAGUUUCGGUACCCUUUUGCUUGACCUUCUAAGUGGGAAACACAUUCCACCUAGCCAUGCUCUUGAUCUUAUAAGAGAUAGGAAUCUCCAAAUGCUUACCGAUUCUUGCUUGGAAGGUCAAUUUUCUAAUGAUGAUGGAACCGAAUUAGUACGGUUGGCUUCAAGGUGUUUGCAGUAUGAGCCACGUGAGCGCCCAAAUCCAAGGUCAUUGGUUUCUUCUUUGGUUCCCCUACAAAAGGAAACUCAGGAACCGUCUCAUGUGUUGAUGGGUAUGCCACAAGGUGGCUCUGCUAUGCCACUAACACCACUUGGGGAAGCUUGCCUAAGAAUGGAUUUAACAUUCAUACAUGGAGUCUUGGAAAAAUUAGGUUACAAAGAUGAUGAGGGUGCUGCAACUGAGCUUUCGUUUGGGAUGUGGACUAAUCAAAUACAUGACACAUUGAACUCCAAGAAGAAAGGAGACUCUGCUUUUCGUCAUAAAGAGUUUAAAGCUGCAAUAGACUUUUAUACACAGUUUAUUGAGGUGGGGACCAUGGUAUCUCCAACUGUAUUUGCAAGAAGAAGUUUGUCAUAUCUGAUGAGUGAAAUGGCACAAGAAGCCUUAAAUGAUGCAGUUCAAGCCCAAGUUAUAUCCCCAAUUUGGCAUAUAGCAUCUUAUUUACAAGCUGCUGCUUUAUUUGCAUUGGGGAGGGAAAAUGAAGCACAGAUUGCACUAAGAGAAGGGUCGGUUCUUGAAGAGAAAUAUAACGCCAACUGAGAAGGGUAUUUUGGUCAUUUCAUUUCGUUUCAUCCCCUUUGAUGAUGGUAUACGGAAGGGAAAACACCCAAGUCGAGUGUUUGAUUUGAUGAUAUAAUGGUGGAAAAGAAAAAAGGGUUUGAGAUUUGUUUGUUUGUUGUUGUGGAAGCAUUCUUUUGGAAUACUUUUUGGUGAAAUUGGUUGGUUGAAUUAAUGAAUUUUUUUUUCUUUUGUUGUUUUGGUUUUAUUACUUAGGGGUGGUGUAAUGUAAUGACAUGUUUACCCUUUGGUUUGGAAGGGUGAUAUUGGUAAUGACUUUUUGUCUUCUUGUUAAUACGAAAUCUUUGGUGGAUUGGAUUGGAUUAUUUCUAUUUAUUUUGUUUGGUGAAAUAUUUCAUCUUUGUUGAGGUUUAGAUAAUUGUUUAGGAUUGAAAUAUUUCAUAUUUUGUUGAAAUUUAGAUAAUUGUUUAAUACUUGAAAUAUUUCAUACUUGUGGAACUUUCG